GCGAUGGCCGUGCGCUCUCGCCGCUCGUGGAUGAGCGUGGCAUUGGGGCUGAUCCUGGGCUUCACCGCCGCGUCCUGGCUCAUCGCCCCCCGGGUGGCCGAGCUGAGCGAGCGGAAGAGACGCGGCUCCAGCCUCUGUUCCUAUUACGGCCGCUUGGCCGCUGGCCCCCGCGCCGGCGCGCAGCAGCCGCUCCCCCAGCCCCAGUCCUGGCCACGACAGGAGCAGUCGCCGCCCCCCGCUCGCCAGGAGCUCCAGGGGCAGCAGCUGCCCAAGGCGGCGCCCGGAGUUACCAGUUUUCGGAGCAGCCCCUGGCAGCAGCAGCCACCUCCGCUGCAGCAGAGGCGACGAGGACGCGAGUCCGAAGGUGCGACGGGGCUUCCCGGCUUCCCAGCGCCCGAAGGGGAACCUGAGGAGGAGGACGGGGGCGCGGCUGGCCAGCAGCAAGGCGGCCGGCCCGGGAGUAGCCACAACGGCAGCGGGGACGGGGGCGCCACCACCCCAAGCUCCCGACCCCGGGACUUCCUCUACGUGGGUGUGAUGACCGCGCAGAAGUACCUGGGCAGCCGCGCGCUGGCGGUGCAGCGGACCUGGGCGCGCUUCAUCCCUGGUCGCGUGGAGUUCUUUUCCAGUCAGCAGCCCCCCAACACUGCGCUCGGCCAGCCCCCGCCACCCCUGCCUGUCAUCGCGCUGCCGGGGGUGGAUGAUUCCUAUCCUCCACAGAAAAAGUCCUUCAUGAUGAUCAAGUACAUGCACGACCACUACCUGGACAAGUAUGAGUGGUUCAUGCGCGCCGACGACGAUGUCUACAUCAAAGGGGAUAAGUUAGAAGAGUUUCUUAGAUCACUGAAUAGCAGCAAGCCUCUCUACCUGGGACAGACUGGCCUGGGGAAUAUUGAAGAGCUUGGAAAGCUGGGGCUGGAGCCGGGGGAGAACUUCUGCAUGGGAGGACCCGGCAUGAUCUUCAGUAGAGAAGUCCUCAGGAGGAUGGUGCCACAUAUUGGCGAGUGCCUCCGAGAAAUGUACACCACUCAUGAGGACGUGGAAGUGGGAAGGUGUGUUCGCCGUUUUGGUGGGACUCAGUGUGUCUGGUCUUAUGAGGUAAGCCUUGAGCUGUGAUGAAAAAGUUCUUGUAUUACAGGCACAUGCCAUUUCAAGUCUGGGACAGUAAUUGUUUAUUCAUUCUUUCUGCGUCUUUAUUUGCUUCAGACUGAUAGUAGCAGUCUUUAAUGUACGCAGGGGG